AUGUCGAAGAGACAGGCAGAACUGUCGCUCGAGGACGAGCCUGCAGUAGGCUCUCCUGUUUCGAAGAAGGCUCGUGUGGAAGACGAGUUUGAAGAAGGUGAUCCCCGCAACGGAGCAUUGCCUUUGCGACGGGCCAGUGGCCAGGAAAUGGAGGAGCAUGAACGCAAAGGGCAGGAUAUACUUGCAGCAGCUGAUCGUGAAGAGGAAGAGAUGGAGGAGGCAAUUCCAGAGAACGCCGAAGUCGCCGAAUCGUCCGAUGUCGAUGAUGACCGGCCAGUCAUCGCAGCGCCGAAACGCCAAAGUGAACCUAUGGAAGGCUACAGCGACCUCUACCUCGACACGAUCAAUCGCGAGAUUCUCGAUUUUGACUUUGAGAAGCUGUGCUCCGUCAGCCUUUCAAAUAUCAACGUAUACGCCUGCCUGGUCUGCGGCAAAUACUUCCAGGGCAGGGGCCCCAAGUCGCAUGCUUACUUUCAUGCUCUCGAAGUUGGACAUCAUGUCUUCAUCAACAUAUCGACCAAGAAGGUUUAUGUUCUUCCUGAAGGAUAUGAAGUCAAGAGCAAAAGCUUGGAUGACAUCAAAUAUGUGGUGGAUCCUCACUACUCAAAAGAGGAGGUUUCUAAAUUGGAUAAAGAGGUUCACGAUGCUUUUGAUCUUGCAGGCAAUCGUUACAGACCUGGCUUCGUGGGAAUGAACAACAUCAAAGCCAACGAUUAUCUUAACGUCGUAGUCCAGCUCUUGGCUCACGUUUUCCCAAUUCGCAACUACUUUCUGCUGCAUCAAUUUCCUGUACCAGGCACGCCGGAGUUGGCACUUCGCUUCAGCACACUGGUACGUAAAUUGUGGAAUCCCAAGGCUUUCCGCUCGCAUGUUUCGCCGCACGAGUUGCUGCAGGAGAUUGCGCUCCGGUCAUCGAAGCGCUUCACCCUUACCCAGCAAUCUGAUCCAGUAGAAUUUCUCUCCUGGUUUUUAAACAAUCUACACCUGUCCCUAGGUGGUUCGAAGAAACCAUCGUCGACCCCAACGAGUGUGGUACAGGCUGCUUUCCAAGGUCACUUGAGAAUUGAAAGUCAAGCCAUUACUGCGCACUCGGAUACCCAAAACGCUCGUCUGGUCUUCACCGAGUCAGGCACUAUCAACAGUCAAACCACCCCAUUCCUCAUUUUAACUCUGGAUCUUCCGCCAACACCCCUCUUUCAAUCCGCGAACCGAGAAUCUAUCAUCCCCCAUGUUCCCCUCACAACUCUUCUAAACAAGUACAACGGUAUCACUGCCUCCGAGAAGUUGGCUCACCGUGUCCGACAUCGUCUCCUUCAUCCUCUCCCCCCCUACCUCUUAUUCCACAUUAAACGAUUCAGCAAGAACAGAUUUGUGUCUGAGCGCAAUCCCACUAUUGUCACUUUCCCGUCACCGCGCUCUCUAGAUAUGUCGCCGUACGUGGAACCUAACCCGGAGAUCUGGCCACCUGGAGAGCCAAUUCUCUAUGAUCUCGUCGCCAACAUUAUCCUUGAUCCCACUGUGGCAGCACCAGGUGCCACUGAGGAUGCUGCAGAGAAGGGCCUCACUGCUGCUGGCGGAACAUCGUCGGCUGGUGCCGGUGCUGGCAGUGAGAGGGUGGCCUGGCUCGUCCAGCUCCACGACAAAGCCAUGGCAGUGGAGAACAGACGGCAUCAAAGUCAAGGUGAUGGGGAACAGCAAGGACCUGAAUGGUUGGAGAUCCAAGAUCUAUUUGUCAAGAAGGCCGAGAGCGAGACUCUGUUCACGCGGGAGGGCUAUCUGAUGGUUUGGGAGCGUCGAAAGAUCCCUGGCAUGAAUAAUCGGAAAGGCAAGGGCGCUGCCAAGUGA